AUGACGUUGGUCCGCCGCGAACACCUCGCCGCCACCUUUGCUCUCUGCUCUCUGCUGCUUUGGGCGCCUUUACUCCAGAUGCACUCGCCCCCGCCCUCGCCCUCGCCCUCGCCCAUUGUCUCACUCGCCCAUCGCCCGGGGCGACCAAAUAAUGCAUCCAACUCUAUAUCCAUGGGUACACAUACAAUUAUCGCGCACCCGUCUACACCUACGCCCAUGACACGCGGCCCCGGAGUCCCCAUGGAGCAGUCCUCUCUCUGCACGAGCGUUCCUGCGCAAGGCCUGCAUAUCUCCAGACUAGCCCCCAGACGGCACGAGUAUUUCCUGCUUUUCGCCGCUAUCGAUUGCGCCCGCCUGGGCUGUGCCCGCAUGAGGGCUUGAGUCUCGGGAGGUUACUCGGCCGCUCCACGACUCCACGCUUGCCCAGGUCCGUUCUCGGUAAUUUUAGUCCUGAGCUACUUGGUCUACGGAGGAAAACAUUUCUUCAAUAUGGACUAUGCGCACACAUCACGAGGCCGUCCGGAAAGGCAACCGCAUCGCCAGGUUCGCCCGUGCAUCGCAAUGGCUUAGCCUUUUCACAAAACUCAAUGUGUUGGCGGGUAGCUUUAGCCCGUGCAAAUAGGUUCGAGAACAGCGGUACCUUCUACACCGUGUGGGGAACUAUGGGGAUUUCUGCCAAAUGCGGGGAUGUUCCAACCCACUAAAUCCCGAGCCCCGGGAUUCCGCCCGC